AAAAGACAGGGCAUUUGCAAUUGUUUAAUCAUAUCAGUUUCUGUUCAAUCAGCGGAUAUACAACCAAACAACAAUCAAUCCAAGAUGUUCAAGUUUUUCGCUCUGUGUGUGUUCGCUCUUUUGGCCGUCGCCUUUGGAAAGCCGCAGUUCCUGACCGCCUACAGUGCGGCCUCGCCUGUGGUGGCUGCCACACCCUACGCCUACUCCGGCGGAAUCUAUGCUUCGCCGUACAGUGCAGCCUACACCAGCGGCGUCUAUGCCUCGCCCUAUACCUACGGAGCUUAUCCCUACAGCUCACUGUACCUGAGACGUUAGGAUAGUCCCGUGCAACGAAUGAUCACUGUACUACGAUAAUUGCUGAUGACGACGACCUAAUGAACAAAUAAACCUGAUAAAACAGAUAAAGAUUCGCAAUCCAAAGGCCAGCUAUUUGCUGUCAUUUGCUUUGAGCAACUGCAGCUUAAAAGGGCUGCAAAAUGGGCGGUUCACGGGCUCACACUUAAAAAAAAAAACACUACAAAAAAAUAAUAUGGCACCUUUGAAAGAUCUUAAAAAAUAUAUACAAAAAAAAGGGAAAAAUUAAAACUAAGCUUGCUCAACUCUUAACGUUUUAUUGUUCUAUUCUAUUUGUUUAUGUUAAUAAAAUUGUUGAAAUAUUGAAUACAAA